AUGGAUGCUGCGGUAGUGCUGGAGACCAUUGCCUCGCAGCUCACAACAGUGGCUGAUGGCCUAGUCGGUGCCGAGCUAGUUAACCACGUGGUGAAGAUCAACACGCUCGACCACGAGGUCCGCAUGCUCCAGAUCCGGACAGCUUUUUCGGAGAAGGACCUGGUGAACGCACAAAUCGAGGCGGUCAAGAGAACGUUGGUGGUGAGGAAUUUCCCCGAAUGGGCCACAGCCGCCGACCGUGAGCUCACAGUGGCGGAGGCAUUGAAGGAAAACAACCUCGGUCAUGGAGGCAUGUUCCGGAGCAGUGGUCCGUUGCUGGCACGAGGUCAAGGACGAGGCCAGAAUGACAAGGUGGAUGUGGCAGUCAAGAGGGUCAUGGAGCACGCAGACUUUGCCAGCAAGUUCAAGCAUCCCGUGAAAUUUAACGGCACGGACUUCAUCGAACAGCGGUUGACAACAGAGCAGCAGCUGGCCGAGGUCACGCGCAGUGCCAGCCAGCAGAUGCAUGUCUUCCUCGAGCGAUAUGGCUCGUUGCUCUGUGCAGAGGAUUUGCGGGCUCUGGCAGGGUGCCCUGCGGCAGAGACUGCAGAGGCAGUGGAUCCAAUGUCCUGUUGCAGGGCGUUCUUGGAGCCAAUGAUAGUGCUGAUAGGGGUCGCCGUCUCUUCCUGUCAAGAUUGA